CCAAAACCAAAAUCUUUUUUCUUUUUUUAACAGCAAAACCAAAAAUCUAACAAUUAAGUUGCCAUGGCAAGUUUAGGUGAUAUAGGUGUAUCAGCAAUGAUAAACAUAAUAACAGCUUUUGCAUUCUUACUAGCUUUUGCUUUACUUAGAAUCCAACCUGCUAAUGACAGAGUUUAUUUCACUAAAUGGUACAUUCUUGGCUCUAGAAACAGCCCAACAAGGAACACUAGUGGUGUCAGUAAAUUUGUUAAUCUUAAUUACAAGACUUACCUUACUUUCCUUAAUUGGAUGCCACAAGCUUUGAGAAUGAAAGAGCCUGACCUUAUUGAACAUGCUGGUCUUGAUUCUGCUGCUUUCUUGAGGAUUUAUCUUCUUGGUUUAAAAGUUUUCGGGCCAGCGGCUAUAGUCAUAUUAUUGGUUCUUAUUCCAGUAAAUGCAUCCGGUGGGAUGUUGUUUUUCCUCACCAAAGAUUUGGUCAUCAGUGACAUUGAUAAGCUUUCAAUAUCAAAUGUUCAACCUAAGUCUCCAAAAUUUUUUGCACACAUUACAAUGAUGUACUUGUUCACAUUUUGGACAUGCUAUAUGCUCUACAAGGAGUAUGAUGUGGUCUCAUCAAUGAGAUUGAGCUUUUUGGCUUCUAAAAGUAGACGAGCUGAGCAAUUCACAGUUCUGGUUAAAAAUGUGCCUCAUAUCCCGGGCCACUCUGUAUCUGAUACCGUAGAUCACUUUUUUAAGAAAAAUCACUCAACUCACUAUCUUUGUCACCAGGUUGUCUACAAUGCAAAUAAAUAUGCGAGAGUGGUAAGGAAAAGACUGAAACUGCAAAAUAAAUUAGAUUACAACCUCCUUAAGUUUGAAAGACAUCCGACAAAACGUCCAACAAGAAAGACGGGCUUCCUUGGACUUUGGGGCAAGAAAGUGGAUUGCAUAGAUUACUAUCAGAAGCAGAUUAAAGAACUCGAUGAAAAGUUAACAAUGGAGCAUCAGACAAUUCUCAAAGACCCAAAAAGCAUUUUGCCAGCAGCAUUUGUAUCAUUCAACUCUCGAUGGGGUGCAGCUGUGUGUGCUCAAACACAGCAAAGCAAAAACCCGAUCCUAUGGUUGACUGAUUGGGCCCCUGAACCUCGGGAUAUAUACUGGAAAAAUCUGGCUAUACCCUUUGUUUCUUUAACCAUCCGUAAACUUGUUAUCUCAUUAGCAGUAUUUGCUCUAGUGUUCUUCUAUAUAAUACCGAUUGCAUUCGUUCAGUCACUCGCCAAUCUUGAUGGUCUUGAAAAAGUUGCUCCCUUCCUCAGGCCCGUUCUUGAAUGGGGUCUUAUCAAGUCUUUCCUUCAAGGUUUUCUGCCUGGUCUUGCUCUUAAGAUAUUCCUAUGGCUUCUUCCUGGUAUACUUAUGACUAUGUCAAAAAUCGAGGGGCAUGUUGCAUUUUCUGUAUUGGAAAGGAGUACAGCUGCUAAGUACUACUUUUUUAUGCUGGUGAAUGUCUUCUUGGGGAGUAUUGCAACUGGAACAGCAAUAGAGCAGCUUAAUUCUUUCCUUCACGAAUCGCCCACCCAGAUUCCAAGGACUAUUGGAGUAUCUAUUCCUAUGAAGGCAACUUUCUUUAUUACGUAUAUAAUGGUUGAUGGGUGGGCAGGCAUGGCUGGAGAGAUUCUUCGGUUGAAGCCUUUGAUUAUGUUUCAUCUCAAGAACAUGUUACUUGUAAAAACGGAAAGAGAUAAACAAAAGGCUAUGAAACCCAAAAGCAUAGAUUUCCCUGAAGCUAUUCCUUCUCUUCAACUAUACUUUCUUAUGGGUGCAGUGUAUGCUGUAGUUACUCCAAUCCUUCUUCCGUUUAUACUUAUCUUCUUUGCAUUCGCAUACUUCGUUUAUCGUCACCAGGUGAUUAACGUCUACAAUCAACGAUAUGAGAGUGCUGCUGCAUUCUGGCCACAUGUUCAUACUCGUAUAUUAGCGAGCUUGUUGAUAUCUCAGCUUCUUUUGAUGGGACUCCUUAGCACAAAAAAGGCAGUAAAUUCUACUCCUUUUCUUCUCGUGUUGCCAGUUCUAACAUUGACCUUCCAUAAAUACUGCAAGAACCGCUUCGAACCUGCUUUCCGAAAAUAUCCUCUUGAGGAAGCCUUGGAGAAGGACUUGCAAGAUGAGGUUUCUGAACCUGAAAACGACAUGAAAACUUACUUGUGUGAUGCCUAUCUACAUCCGGUUUUACAUUCAAUUGAAGAAUUUGAGCUGUUUGAGCUUGGAAUUGACAAUAACCGAGCUCAAAUCCCAUGUCAAGUACCAACCAAACCUAUUUCUGGUUCCCGUUCUCAUUCCCCAUCACCUGUAAACGAACAAGAAAACAAAGUCUCUACUAGAAUACAACAUGUUGAAGUUGUGGUUGAACAUGAAAGUAUAACACAACACCACAGAACAUCAGCCCUAAAUGUGGAUGUGAUGCAUCACUGAGCUGCCAUGCUUUAGUUAGUCUGACCCAUGACUAGAUGUAGCUUAUGUAACCAUGGCUAACCUGACUGUAUCUUUUUAGUGUAUUGAGCUGUCAGCAGUUAAUCCGGAGUUUUGAGCUAGAGUAUGCAUUAUCCUUUCGAAAACACAGCUUGUGCAUGUACUAUAAUUACUGAAAUUUUUUGUUUUUUCGUUU